AUCGCCUCGAGGUGCUGACGAGCUGCAAGACCUCUCGUGUCAUUGAUUUCAACGACGGGCUUACCGUCGAUUAGGAUUCGGACGAAGUCGAAUCGCUUGGAAAGUCAAUUAACUAAUUGCCUAAAGAUGGAAGAAGGUGCCUCGACUGGGUCGACAAUGCUCGGAGGGUCAUCACAGGAUCCUCCGACUCCGCGGUUGCCCACCGAGAUCUGUGGACGCAUCAUUGACCAUCUAGCGGUGGGAGUGGAUCUCAACUACACAUUUGAGGCUGGGUAUCCAGAUCUCCAAGCGCUUCAAUCGUGCGCACUAGUAUGCAGGGACUGGUACUUUCACGCCUGGUACCCUCUCCGUCGGCAUGUUAACCUCCAUGACCGAAACGACGUCCUUUCACUUUCCAGGACACUCCGCGAGAGACCACGCGUUCGCGGUGUCGUCCAACAGGUCGCCAUCACGGGUCAUGGAUCUGGCCAGCGUUCACCGAUUCAACAUCUCGGAACGUUUGCAGCCAUGCUUUCCGGGAAGCUCCCGGAGCUGUCGAGGAUCAACAUUGAGGACGCGGAAUGGACCGUUGACUCUAUGAGGAUGGAAUGUUUUGGAUAUCUCUCCGCAUUUCGUCUUGUCCACACCUUGGACAUCACCAAUGUCACCGUGCCAAGCAUCGCCCAACUGGCGCGUCUCCUCUCAGCACUCCCUGGCCUAAGAAAUCUAUGGUUCUCGACGUGCGAUGGGCUGCGCCCCCGGUCGAAGACCUCCUUGGUGCAGAUCAGCCAGGCUUCCCGAGUGCACCAUCUCGAGCUCGGAGUGGACGGCGACUUGAAAUCAUCCUCCGCACUAAGCAGAAGUCAAGCUUUGUUGUAUGCAAGUGCCGCCUCGGUGGAAGUCCUCGGGCUCUAUAUUAUUCCUGACUCUUCCAUGGGUAGUGACACUGCUGAUUCUACUGUAGUAGAACGACACCUCAACCUGUCACACCAUGAAAGCUUGCGGACAUUGCGGAUUUACCUGUACCACCCCUUUGUUGCGUGGUCCUGGAUUCCUCAUAUCGUCUCUCGAAUCCCUGCAAAGCAUCUCACUACCAUGUCCGUUGUGCUUAUCGUUCGUCAAAAUCAUGCAGCGAACGACUUGGAUGGGGCGGUGACGAUGGUGGAGGAAGACGGUACCUUGCUGCAAUUGGACGACAUGUUGCAAGCAGAAUGCUUCACUGAUAUCACACCGGGUGGUAUAUGCCUAGGCUUCGACAACCCUGACAAUGAGUGGACCCUCCCUGAAGAACUGAUUGGUACAGAAUCAUCAUCGCGAGAGCGGCGCAACCGGUGGGACGAGCUCAUUAGACGGAAGAUGCCGCGCUGCAAUGGACGGGGCAUAUUGACAACCACGCAUGGCUUCGCAGAGCUGGAUAAGUGGAGGUGCAACAUGGAUGAAAUCCAUGAAGCGACACAACACCAGAAGGCCAUAAUUGGAGUAGAGGUGCAGCGAGAGGACGACGCUGAGCAUGCACCGGACACGUCAGGCUGACUGUCCUCAUCCUGUACACUCGCCGGUAGCAGUGUAUCGAGUCCUCCUUGUCGUACGCGGCGCAUUUUGCGCAUGGCGUUCUGACGGCGAGAGACAGAAAUAUGAAGGGACUGGACGAGCGACGUUGCCCUAUGUACGAGAUGUACCACCGUUGGUGGGACACCUCCGUCUAUACGU